AUGGCAGCCUCAGGAGACAGAGGAACGGGGGCAGAGGCACGCAAGGAAGGAGAGUCUGACAUAGGCUUGAGUGACAUAGCGCUGCUCACUCCACCAAGUAUUUGUUUCCAGAACCCUGGGAACACAGCUUAUCAUUUUCCCAUUCAGUUUCAAGAACUUGAAAACCAUAUCAACGCCUCCUGCAACCCUGAUAUUAACUUUAAGAGUCCAGGCCACCAUCAAGGUCAAGUUAACACACAGCAAACUUUAUCCAGCUGUGUUCCCUCACUGCUGAGUGGUCAGGGCUUGAAUAAAAAGACAAGGAUAAGGUGCAGAACAAACAUGCCCGGCAAAAGUGUGGCCAUAGCAGAGAGGAAACCCAGUGACAAAAGAAACACAAGUAAGAAACCAUGUUCAGAGAAGCAAAAAGCACUUCAGGAACCACUGAGAGCCAAGGCAAAACGAGCUUGUGAGAAGGAAACCACAGGUCGCGCCCAGCCUGCUGGCAAGCCGCGAUUUAUCAGCAAAGUCCAAAUGCUUCCCUACAAGGAGAGGGUGAUUCAUUUGUUGGCACUAAAGGCUUAUACAAAACCUGAGCUGCUGCUUCAACUGCAGAAAGAUGGCAUCCUUAAAAAAGACAAAAAUUCUCUUGGAAAAAUUCUCCAACAGGUUGCUACUCUGAAUCCCAAGAACUUUUCUUACAGUCUGCGAGACUUUUUUUUUCAGAACAUCCAGAGAGACUGGCCCGGCUACAGUGAAGCAGACAGACAGUCCUUGGAGUUGAUACUUGCCAGAAGAUCAGAGCAAAGUCUAAAGGCUGAUGUCACCAACCAUCCAGAACCUUCCAGAGCCACCGAUACAGUCAACACUUUACAGAAACAAUGCUUGGAGCCGGUUUUCAUUGAUCCCUUAAAGAAAAAUAAAGUCAGAAUAUCUCACCUGACCACUGGAGUGCAGACCACAUCGUGCACUCAGUUGGAAUUCUUCCCAGGCUAUAAAUUUCAGCUGCUGUUCCUGCAGCACCCCCAGAGAGUCCCGAGGAGACUCAAGAGCCACAUGAUGACAGUCAGUCAACAUAUUAACAUCUUAGAACACAAGGAAGGUCGCUGUAGCCCCCUGCGAGUGCUGUGCUCUAUUUCCCUUCAAAUGAAGUAUCCACAGACCGCAGAGGAAAAUCAUUCAACAGCUGAUGACAAGCUCAAAUUUUCAUGCUUAGAACUCCAAGCAAAUGACCAGAGGUUUAGCAUUGAGGCAAUGGUGACACCGCAUGCAGAUCCUGCAAGACAAGCAAGAGGUGCAAAGUUAGAUUCUAGCAAAGGCUUUGGAAGGGCUUGCAUUUCUUUAGAAGAAAGCUUUUCAGCAUCUGAGACCUCCGAUUAUCUGACCAAGUACUCCACUAUAAUCUCUCUCGAGCAACGUCUGCAGUAUGCAGAGGCAUUUCAAGCAGAGAAUGGUGAGUAUCAGGCUUCGCGGGACAAGAUACUGACUUCAUCUUGUCCACUUCUUGGCCUUGGUACAAAGAUUAAAGUACUUUCUCCAGACCCAGACAAAUUUAAGAAUGAUGGUAAAGAAAUCAUACUGGAGUAUAGGAAAAUGAAGCAGGGUAACUCCAUUCUCAAAGCAGAAAUCAAGAGGUGCCAGUACCUUUAUAACAAGUUGUCUUACAUCAAAAGAUUAAUACAUGGUUUUGACCAGGACUGUGGGGGAACCUGA